UUUCAAUUUCCAAUUUCCCCAAAUUACGUACUACUCUCCAUUUGCUCACUCUCUCUUUCUCCCUCAAAUCAAGCAGCCCAGCCCACUAACCCAACGACCUGCCGCAACAAACACUGCCGAUACUCUCCACUUCUGAUACUUGGCUCGUUCUCUCGCGACUCAAAAGCGACGGCGGCGCGCGAAGUGGUGAUACUCAGACAUCGGUGGCCCGCGGCUGCGGUGACACACGCGACGGAGAAAGUGGCGGUACAUCAUACCACAUUUUCUCUCUUAUGCCCUAAUUAGUCCUCUCGUUUUCCCAAAUUCAAAUUCAAGGUGCUCCUUGUGAUUUCACUAUUUAAGGACUUUUGGCAUUGUUUCGAUGACUGAAGCGAAGGAGGUCAAGCCAUCUGGUGAUGACGUCACUGGGUUGGUGAAUAAUGAUCCUGAUGCUAUGAAAGUGGAGAUGAAACAUACAGAGGAUAUGGAAAACGUUGAAGAAAAGGAAGAAGGGGAAGACGCUGAAGACAAGGAAGAAGGGGGAGACGCUGAAGAAAAGGAAGAGGGAGAAGAGGUGGAGGAAGAGGAGGAGGAGGAGGAGGAGGAAGAGGAAGAGGGAGAGGAAGAGGAAGAGGGGGGAGAGGGAGAGGAAGAGACAGAAGAAUCAGAUGAAGAUACCGAGGAUGAGCAGGAUAACAAAUUGGAACAUGGGCCAGUUGAUGUGUCAAUUGAUGGCGGGGAGGAAGAAGAGGAAACAGAGGAUGAACUGGAGAACAAAUUGGAACCUCGUCCAGUUGAUGUGUCCAUUGAUGAUGGAAAGGUGUUGCAUGUGGAGGUGUCUCUUGAAAAGAACUCUGAUAGGAUAGUGGAUUCUCCAACUCAGGGGUCUGAAAACAGAAAAAUAAUGCAUGCAGUGAAUGUCAAACCCUCUGUGGAUGAUGAUGAUAUUUCUUUAUCAGAGGCUUCACUGAAAAGUAUCACGGGAGCCAUUAGGAAACCUGGUAUAUCUGAUGAAACGGGAUCCUUAAGACUCCACAGUGAAGAGGGCCAUGAUGCAAAAUCGGAUGCUUAUGAUUCACUAAAAGAUAGAAGGUUCAGUGAUGAAACUAUUUCCAGAAACCGACCUGCUUCAUUGAAGGUAGAGCACAUGGAAGAGGAAGAACCGAAUAAUGAGGCAAAGGAAAAAGGAGCUAUGGAUGUAGAUGACAGAAAUCCUAGUAAUGUCAACAUAUUUGACACAGAUACUUCCGGCGGAGGGGAGUCGGGAACGGAAGAUGAACAAACAGCUUUUCUGAUGGAGCUUGAUAAGUUUCAUAAAGAGAGAAGUCUAGACUUCAAACCACCAAAAUUCUAUGGAGAACCACUGAAUUUACUGAAGCUCUGGAGAUCUGUUCUGCAGUUGGGUGGCUAUGACAAGGCAACAGCAUGUAAAUAUUGGCGUCAAGUUGGAGAGUCAUUCAAACCCCCCAAGACUUGCACCACAGUGUCAUGGACCUUUCGCAUAUUUUACGAGAAGGCUCUUCUUGAUUAUGAGAGAUACAGAACAAGUAGUGAUGGCUCUAGCCUUCCUGGUUCGCUUGCUGUGCCUAUGGGGGCUGAAAAUCAGAUUGGUCAUGCACAGGGUGCUGGGUCAGGAAGGGCACGGAGAGUUGCUGCAGCUCGCGCUAUGGAGGGCUGGCAUUCUCAGCGUGUUCUUGACAAUGGUGAAGUUAGUGACCCAGUCAUAAAGGACAAGAAUCUCAUCUCCUUGAGCAAGAAAGAAAAACAGCUGAAAAACCUGGGUGAACUAAAACGGAAAAAACCAUCCUCAACAGAUCUUGCUGUGAAACCUGUGCGCACAAAAGUGCCAAAAGAACAAUCGGAGACCACAGUUAUUGACAUUGGAUCUCCUGCUGAUUGGGUGAAGAUUAAUGUUCGCGAGACUAAAGAUUGCUAUGAGGUCUAUGCUUUAGUUCCAGGGCUCCUACGUGAAGAGGUGCGCGUCCAGUCAGAUCCGGCUGGCCGUUUGGUUAUAUCUGGUGAACCUGAAAAUCCCGACAACCCUUGGAGUGUGACACCUUUCAAGAAGGUCGUUAGCUUACCAUCAAGAAUUGACCCACACCAGACAUCAGCCGUGGUGACAUUGCAUGGGCAAUUGUUUGUUCGGGUGCCAUUUGAACAAUAUGACUAAGCUUCCAACAAGUUCCACAAUGCACAUAAUGACGGAGUACUGUGAUAGUAAGGCCGCAGAUAACUAGUCACAUAGGAGAGCGAAGAGUGAGCUGAUAGUGUUGUUGAAGUUAGGUCUGUCCAAUCUGUAUCUUCCUGUAUGCCUCCAAACUUUCUGUACUUGUAGGACUUGCGUAUUGCAAGUUUCUUAUUAAGGAUGAAAUUAGGUUCUUCAAUGCAGCAUCAAAUUUUGCUGUUAUAUUGUGUGAUGCAGCCGUCAGCUGAUUUGCCUUGCAAAGUGCUACCGAUUGCUGAGUGCAUUUUAUUUUAGUUUAUUUUUCAGUGUGA